CAACGUGCUCGUGCUUGUGACUCCGGCUUCACUCGCACAUAAAGAGAAAGAGAGUAUGGAGGCGCCCAGCUCUACUGCCCGGGAUGGUUGCGGCAGCCGGGUGAGUGGGGCAUCCGCCGAGCGGGGUUCCUGGCUCUGUGCAGAUGGGUACGGCGUUGACCCCUGCUGGAGCCACGUGUGCCAGCACGGUGGCGUCUGCGUUCGGGACCCGGGACCCCGCUGCCGCUGCACAGCCAGGUACUCUGGGAAGCACUGUGAACUGGACAAGGGCCCCCUGUGCGGUCGGCCUGGCUUGGCCCCCUGCGCGAACGGGGGCUCGUGCCGGGAGGACUGGCUGGGCAACGCCACCUGGUGCCAGUGCGCCCCCGGCUGGACGGGGCCCUCCUGCCAGCAGCUGGCCCAGAGCUGCUCGACAGACGUGCCCUGCUCCCAUGGUGGGGCCUGCCUCAACGCCUCCUGCGUCUGCCCCAGCGGCUUUGCUGGAAGCCUCUGUGAACUGGACAUUGGGGAGUGCCAGCUGAUGCCUUGCCGCAACAACGGGACCUGUACCCAGGGACCGGCAGGGCCCCUCUGUGACUGCCAGGGCACAGGUUUCGAAGGUCCUCGGUGCGAGCGGGACGUGGACGAGUGCCUGGAGAGCCCCUGCCUGAGCGGCAGCACCUGCUUCAACCGCUGGGGCUCCUUUGAGUGCGCCUGUCCCCGGGGGCGGGGGGGCCGGCACUGCGAACGGGACCUCGACCCCUGCGAGUGGGGCACGCCCUGCCACGGAAACGCCACCUGCAUCGCCGCCUCUGGCAACGAAUACAGAUGCCAGUGUGGACCGGGGUUCUCUGGUGUCCAGUGCGAAGUGCCCCCUGAUGGAUGCCUGCAUGGGAGCUGUCCCAACGAUUCCCAUUGUGUAGGUGGCCUGCACUGUGCCUGCAACAGUGACUUCAUCGGAAAGUUCCCUUUCUGCGAGCCCGUGAGGAGCUGCGAGGUCGAUACCUGUCUGCUGGGGGCCACCUGCCAGGAGCGACCUGAUGGAGGCUACCUCUGCGUCUGCCCGCCGGGCUGGACGGGGACCCGGUGCGACCGGUCGACCGACCCCUGCGCCGCUGGUCCCUGCCGCAACGGGGCCACGUGUUUGGCAGACGGGCAGGGGAGCUUCGACUGCAUCUGCGCGGAGGGCUUCUCCGGCAGACAGUGCCAGGUGGACGAGAACGAGUGUGCGGCGGGCCCCUGUGCCAACGGCGCCACCUGCCACGACCUGGCGGGGGACUUCCUGUGCCAGUGUGCCCUUGGCUGGCGGGGCAAGCGUUGCGAAGAGCCUGAGGACGCCUGCGAGGCCCUGCCCUGCGCCCACGGCCGUUGCUCGGCCACGGGCCCGGGCAACUUCAGCUGCAGCUGCCUGCCGGGCUUCGCGGGGGAGCGCUGCGAGGCGGAUGAGGACGACUGCGUGGGCUCCCCGUGCCUCAACGGGGGCUCGUGCCGCGACACGCUGCGGGGCCGCCUGUGCGACUGCCCGGCGCCCUUCUUGGGGCCGGACUGCGGCCAGCGGGGGGACCCCUGCCUGGCGUCCCCCUGCCUCAACGGGGCCUCCUGUCUGGCACGGGAACAGGACCCCUGGUUCGAGUGCGCCUGCGCCCCGGGCUUUGGGGGCCCCACCUGCAACCUGGACGUGGACGAGUGCCGGGGAGUCGUCUGCCCCCCGAGCAUGCGCUGCGUUGACCGGGUCAACGGCUACGAGUGCAGGUGUGCCCCGGAGGGCGCCUGCCCCUCGGCAGGCUGCGGAGUGGACUCGUGCCCGGCCAACGCCCUGUGCCAGGACGCGGAGCGGGGCUUCCGGUGCGGCUGCCGGCGGGGCUGGACGGGGCCCCGGUGCUCGGAGGACGUGGACGAGUGCCGCCAGGGGCUGUGCGAGCACGACGCCAUCUGCCGCAACCUCAACGGCUCCUACCAGUGCUUCUGCCGGCCGGGCUACACUGGCACCCACUGCCACAUCGAGGUGAACGAGUGUCUGUCCCAGCCGUGCCAGAACGGGGCCACGUGCCGGGAGGGCGUCAACCAGUACCAGUGCCUCUGCCCGCCAGGCUACCUGGGCGACCACUGCGAGGUGGACCUGGACGAGUGUGCCUCUUCCCCCUGCCUCAACGGGGCCACCUGCCUCGACAAGGUGGCCGGAUUCCAGUGCGUGUGUGCCCCCGGUUACGAGGGCACCCAGUGUGAGGUGGACGUGGACGAGUGCCAGUCUGGACCCUGCCUCAACGGUGCACCCUGCCUGGACCUGGUCAAUGGGUACAUCUGCAACUGCACGGACACGGGCUUCAUGGGGCUCCACUGCGAGCAGAACAUCGACGACUGCCGCCCGGACCUGUGUCUGAACAACGGCACCUGCCAGGACGGCGUGCGAGACUUCACCUGCCUCUGCCACCGGGGCUACGAGGGCCGCUCCUGCGAGCGGGACUUGCCAGACUGCGCUCCCUCGCCCUGCCAGAACGGGGCCCACUGCCUGGAGCGCUCCAAUGCCAGCCUCUACCGGGAGAACUACCUCGGCCUGUUCCCCGGCCCCUUCAGCUACGACAACGCCUCGGGCUACCUCUGUUUGUGUCCGCCAGGGUUCAACGGCACCGACUGCGAGAACGACAUCGACGACUGCGCGGCGCACGACUGCAUGCACGGCCGCUGCGUCGACCUGGUGAACGCCUUCCGCUGCGAGUGCAACGCGGGCUUCGAGGGCGCCGACUGCGGCCGCGAGGUGGACGAGUGCAGCCUGCUGGCCCCGUGCGAGAACGGCGCCAUCUGCCACGACUUGGUGGCGGACUACCGCUGCGACUGCGCCCCCGACUUCGGCGGCAAGAACUGCAGUGUCGCCCUCCUUGGCUGCCGCGGUGGGCCCUGCCACAACGAGGGCCGCUGCGAGCCAUUCCUGAGCGACGCCGGGGACCACCUACACCGCUGCCAUUGCACGCCGGGCUUCGCGGGGACGGCCUGCGACGUGGGCACGACCGCAUCCCUGCGCAACGGCAGCUCCUGGAGGCUGAACCUGACCCGGGAGCAGCGGGCGGACCAGGGGCUCACCCUGCAGUUCCGGACGACGCUGCCCGACGGGGAGCUGGCCGCGCUUUCCGUGGACUCGCGGUACACCCUGGUGGUGGCGCUGCGCAACGGGAGCCUCGAGCUGCGCCUGCGGGAGGGCUCGGGGAGGUCGCCGCGGCCACUGCUGCGCCUCGGGGCUGGGCUGAACGACUCUCGCUGGAAGGAGCUCUCGCUGGGGCUGUACCCGGGCACGGUGCACGUCAACGUGUCUGGGGCCAAUGGCAGCGCCGACCUCGACCAGCAGCACUCCUACGUGGCGCUGUCUUCGGUGGUGCUCGGCGAGGGGGGAUUUGUCGGGUGUCUUCAGGAGGUGUACGUCAACGGUGCCCUCAUGGUGCCCGGUGACCAGCAAUCCCUGCAGCGGGGCGUCGAGGAGGGCUGCCCGCGGACGGAGCAGUGCGUCCCGGAGGCCUGCGGGAACGGGGGCAUCUGUGUCGACCGCUGGGACCACUUUGAGUGCCACUGCCACCGCCCUUAUCACGGACAGCGCUGCGAGCUCAGCCACCCCGCGGCCACCUUCGGGCGCCAGGGGGCCCUGAGCUGGACCAAGCUGGGGGUGUCCCCCGACCGGUGGGCGUCCCUCAACGGGUCGCUGGACGUGAGCCUGUUUGUGCGCACCCGCAAGGACCGGGGCCUGCUCUUCUACCUGGGCUCGGACCCCCAGGGCUCGGACGGGGGCUUCCUGGCCGCCCUGCUGCACGGGGGGCGCCUGCGGGUGGCCCUGCACCUGGGGGGCGAGGACCGCACCCUGCAGGUGCCCGGGGGACCCUUGGACGAUGGGAGGCUACACUUCGUCCAGGUCUCUCUGCGUGUCACCUGGCUGGAGGCCCGUGUUGACCAUGGGAGUGCCGUGAGAGAGCCCCUGCCCCCGGCACCGGAGGGAGGGGUGGUGUCCCUGCAGCCCCAGGUGCUCUACCUGGGCUGGCUGCCCACCCACAGCAGCGAGCGGGUCAAGCGGCAGAGUAGCAAUGCCUGGCUGCACCGCAUCACCGACUACCUCGAGAACGUGGAGCAUUUCAAGGGCGUGCUGCAGGACAUGAGGCUCAACAAGGAGCCCGUGCCGCUGCUGAAGGGGCGCCAGCCGCAGGCUGAGGACGGCGCUGCCCUGGUGAACGUGCUGGAGAGCAGCAAGGUGGACGCCGGGGUGGUGAGCGACGACGAGUGCUCGAGCGGCCCGUGCCUCAACGGCGCCACCUGCACCGACAUCUGGAACGCCUACAGUUGUGUGUGUCCCGCCGACUUCCGGGGCAAGCUGUGCGAGGAGCUCAGGCCCUGCGUGCGCCACCGCUGUCCCAACCAGAGCCUUUGCCAGGACCUGAAGGAGGGUCACGAGUGCGUCUCCUCGGCGACCCUGGAUGGCGGCGUCGGCCUGGUCUACCGUCCCGUGCUCCUCGGCGACCAUGCCCUAGACAAUGUGUCCCUGCACUACCGGUCCCGCUCGGCCGGCACGCUGUUGACCGUCCGGCACGGGGACCAGCUGCUGUCUCUGUCCCUGACCUCGACGCACGUGGAGCUGUCGUGGCACCCGUUGUCGGCCUCCUCCACCCUCCGGCUGCCCCGCGUCGACGGGGAGUGGGCGGCCGUUUCCGCGACCGCCAACGGGUCGACGCUCACCCUGCGCCAGGGGACGGACGCAGUAGAGAGCCCGUGGGACCCCGCGGAGGCCCCGGAGCUGCGGGGCGCGUCAGCGACGGUCGGCGAAGGCCUCGUUGGCUGUUUGAAGGAGGUGCGCGUGGGGGGCCUCCUGCUGCCCUUCUUUUCCCCGGACAUGCUGGGGGAGGGAACGGCGCCGGAGCGCUUCGAGCUGGAGGCGGUGGAGGGGCCCCGCGGGGGCUGCCUGCUGUGCCGGGAAAGCGACUGCCUCCACGGGGGCCGCUGCGAGGACCCCGAGGGGUCGUACGCCUGCGCCUGCCCACCCUCCUUCGAAGGGCAGCUGUGCGAGAAGGACGUGGACGAGUGCGUUGCAGCACCCUGUCGCAACGGUGCGACCUGCCUCAACCUGGAGGGGUCCUUCCGGUGCCUGUGUGCAAACGGCUUCGAGGGCGAUCUGUGUGACCAGCGGGUAUGGUACUGCGAGCGGCAGCCUUGCGAGAAUGGGGCGACCUGCUCAGACACCGAGCCAGGCAGCUACAGCUGUCUGUGCAGCGACGACUUCGAGGGAGAGAACUGCACGCUCAGGAAAAUUGUGGGGUGUGCCCAAGCGCCCUGCCAGAACCAGGGAACCUGCUACGACAUGGAGCCCAAAGGCCGGAUUGCGUACCGCUGCGAGUGUGGCCCCGGCCACGAGGGCCGAGACUGCGAGCGUCAGCGGGACCUGUGUGCCAGCGGUCCCUGCGAGAACGGGGCCAGCUGCCUGAUUAGGGAGCCUGGCACCGUGGAGUGCGUGUGCGCCCAAGGCUACCGGGGCACCUUCUGCGAGGAGUUCAUCGACCUGUGCAAAGAGGAGCCGCCCCCCUGCCUACACGGGGGACGCUGCAACCCCUACGUGGGGGGCUUCGACUGCUACUGCUAUGGCACGGGCUAUACGGGCAGCUUGUGUCAGACGGACGUGGACGAGUGCAAGGAGCAGCAGCCAUGCCAGGGGGGCGCGACCUGCAUCAACCUGGAAGGCUCGUACGCAUGCACGUGCCCCGCCGGUCGAUUUGGGCGGCACUGCCAGCUGAACGACUCUUGCUGGCUGGACCAGCCGUGCCACAACGGGGCCCCCUGCACCCCGGUGGAGGACCUACACCGGCCGUUCUUCUGCAACUGCACGCAGGGCUUCCUCGGAGACACCUGCGCUCUAACAGUGCAGAGUGCCUCCCUGGACAGCACGGACCUGAAGCUGGUGAUUGGGCUGACGGUGGCAUGCGUCUUCCUACUGGCCUUCAUUGCCUUCGCCACGGUGUUUCUGCGCAUGGCCAAAAAGAAGCGGGCCACCCGGGGUACCUACAGCCCCAGCAACCAGGAGAUGUUUGGCUCCCGGGUCGAGAUGAACCCCGUCAUGAAGCCGCCGCCCGAGGAGAGGCUCAUCUAGCCGCCGGGCUCCCCCCGCCCCUCUUGCCAAAGAUGCACUCAAGUCCCUUACCUCAGUGCCGAAACGACCGGCGAGACAUUCCAGAUCGAGACCCCGUCCAGCGGCGUCCGUCGUCGCCGCAGCCAGAACGUCGGCCCGUGAUUUUGCGCCGCUCGAAGACCCGCGCGCAAAUGCUCCGUUCCGUCCACCACUCACUGCCUCGCACGUCGAACGUUUUAACCUUGCACUUAUUUAUUUCGUCUCCCCGGAAAUUGCAACUGCCAGCGGUGCCUUACUUUUGACUGGACCACCGAAUGCAAUUUGUCCUCGUUACGGAGGUGGCGACGGUUACAGAGUGUGCUUAGCGACCGGCAAGAUUUUAGCCCGUGCCAUACACGUGCCUCGUCGCCCAGUAUUUUAAGUGUGAAUCGGAGUGUAGUUUUGACGACCGUGGACAGGUGGGUGCAUAGUCGAUGCGUCCACUCGCUCGUGGGAGAUUUUAAGCCCCGACGGCCCUUGAGAGAGCUGCUGACCAGCGUCCAUCCGACCUGUCCCUUUCCAUCAUGGGAAAGAAGCAACUCCAGUGAGGAACAUUCUCGAAUAUGUGCAGUUUUAACGGGUGUACUUAAUUGCGGUACACAUACUUACCAAAAACCUUUAUUAAAACGAAGCUCGCGGGCCUGGAUUUUGUCGCACCAUGCAACAACAGUGAAGGCAAGCUACUUAGUAUAACAGAAGCGUUUGCAUGAUUUUAGGUCGAGGAAGCAUCUUGCUCCCAUCCGAGAUUAAUUUUGCGCUUUCGCGAGGGCAGCAAACUCUGUAAACGAGAUGGCAGAUUAUUAGUUCUUUCCUGCACCGAGUGCCGUGGACACCGGAAAAACGUUGGGUGUGUUCGGUGCAGUUUAAAUAAUUAAAGGGGAAUUAGACUAAAGCUAUAACUGAGAGCCCUAAUAAUAAUAGAGGCAUUUUAAAGUGCAAUAUUUAUACGACCUACUGCACGACAUAAAUUUUAUAUUGAUCGUGUUGUUGUUUUCAAAUGGUGCUGUACAGAUUCAACACUAAGCAGGUUAUUCAAUUUUGUGUCGCGGUCUGUAUUCUCGAACGCCAGGGGAUUGAUUGUUGUUGCCUUCGCAUACCUUCGGUGUCUGGCUGACAGUAUUAUUGCAGCUGUUCGGAAGGUUUCUGAAUCUAUGAAGGAUUUAUUGAGAGCCACUGUACUCUGGGGUGCUCAAGUGUUUGCAGGAAAUUGAAGCAUUUUGUUAUGAGCCGAGGGCCGUUUUCUCUGCCCCGUCGAGGGCUACAUUCCAUUGCUUUCCCUGAACUCCAUUUGGACGAUUGUUGCAAUUAUUGAGAUUACUGUACAUUCUUUGAUUACUUUUUCGUCUGGUUGCUAACUAAAUACUUUUUUUGCAGCUGUUUUGUGAUUAGUCUUAUGAGAACUGUGCAAUUCUGACGGAGAGAAUAUUGUUAACUUUGAAGGCAGCUGCUGAAUAGAGUUGCUGGACAUUCAGAGGCAGUUAAAAUGCAAACGUCUACGUUGCCUCGCUCUUUUCUCACGAGACAUUGUUAAAUACAGAUGCAUCUAUAUACAGUGACGGUACGGUACAACCUCUGUAGCAAAGACUUUGUGAUGUAGUAUGGGUAUAUUAGAGCAAAGUUAAACUACCAAAACGGGUGCAGGCAUCUGAUGUGCUGACACGGUGUAGAUAGUUCCCCGAAUAAGCAGUCUUUACGAAAGGCGGGUUCUAGUGUAUUGCCAAUCAGUUUUCUGUUGAUCUGUACAUAAACUAGAUUUGUCGUGGUGCCUUUGCAGCGUGCUGCUCGCUUCACAGAGGCCUUAUUUUAGAAGUCUAUAUCGCAGCUUCUCGUUUGAAAUGCCCCGCUAACAGAGGCUGGUCCAUGCUACAAUGUAGCCAGGAUGGUUCAGGUUGUGUCGCUCAUUCGGAGCAUUUGAUUCAGCCUUCACUGCUAUGGCGGGCACGUAUGACGUUAUUCUUUUGGUGGACAAGGCACUGCAGAAUGCAGUCCUCUCCCCGACCAGAGGGAAUAGCAUUUGCAGAAUAAUGACUUUUGAUGCCAAUCGGAUAACUGGCGUGUGUCCAUUUAGUGUCGAGGAGACCGGCUCUGCGCCACAUCAACUGCCGGCGUACCGUAGUUCCUUCCCCGCCUAAUUCUGGGCACAAAGAGAUGACGCGAUAACGUAGUUAGUUCCUGGAGAAUGGUCACAAAAUGUUACGAGUCUCAAUAAAAGUUUUCCACUUUU